AUGGCGGUCGUUCAUGCAGCUGAGCCAGUGCCAGGGACGUCACUCAGUCAGGUAAGCCAUAACACAUUGGCGAUCGGGAUGGUUGAACCUGGAGACCAGUUCAAGGGUUUUCUGAAGGCGAUUGAAACCCUGAUCGAAAUAAAAUUCACUGAGAGAAAUGCGAGUGCUGGACCAUGCGCUGCACCGGAAGUUGAGGCACUGACACGUGCUAUCACCCCUUUCACACAUUCUCCGGAACAGAAUGUCACCUUUGAGACUUGGUACAACCGUUUCAAGACGACUUUCUUGGAGGUUGGCAAGAAUUUGACGAAAUCUGCACGUGUCCGGCUUCUUCUACGCAGACUGGAUGCUUCAGCGUAUGCUAGAUACGCAAAUCUUCUUCGACCACGUGAUCCCGCUGAACUACCUUUCGAGGAGAACAUCCAGAGACUUACUCGACUGUUCGGCAAGGGAGAAUCUCUGUACGGAGAAAGUGCUUGCAGUAUACCAUGGACGAAUCUGAGGAGUGGGAUCAGUGACUGCACUCCGGAUCAGUUCAAAGCCCUCAUGUUCUGCAUCAGCAUCCGGAGCGAUAGACACCUGUUUGUCAGACAGCAAUUAUUGGCAAAAUUGGAGACGGAAAAGUCAGAGAAGAUCAACAUUGAUUUCCUCAUUGAUGAAGCCCAUCGUUUGUCUAACGUGAAGAAGGAUGCUCAACUAUACAUUGUUCCGGCAACUGUAUAA